CAGCCCUGGAAGUAUCGGUAUCGUCUGCGCAAGUCAUGACCCAAAAAUGAACAUCAGCUCUUUGAAAAUGCAUAAACACUUUUUUACAUGAAGUAUUCAAACAAAAGCAAACUCAAAACGUGUGCACGUGGAUGCGACGAAGCGUGUGUGCCGUACGUGGAGAACACAGGAAAGGGCGUGCAUCAAGAUUUUAAAGAAACAAUUCAGCAAGUACGCACCGCACUGUCAAUGAGGAUGACCCACACCCGCACCCCGCUAACGCAAACGCAUUGAUUACUACACAUUUUCAUCGUGCAAGCAACGCAACGCGGCGCCGCCAUUGAAUCUAAAAUCAGGCAAGUUCUAAACGAAAAACGUUUCCACGCAAGCUUAUGCAAAAAUGUCGCUAAUGACGCGCAUCGAGGGCAGCGGCGGCGGCGACAGCGGCGGCAGCGAAUCGCAGAAGACGCCUUCAAUUUCCGAGGUCGCUGCGUUAAGCGAUGAAUUACAAGAUGGUGAUAAUAGCCUGGAGCCAGGUGAACUUGUCACGCCACCGCAUCAACAGCCAGGCAACGCUAGUCCGGCGCUGAAGAAAAUGCUCGCCAAGGACUUUAUAAGCAAGGCAUUGCGCAAGCUGACACAAAUCGAUACGGAUAACUGUGAGGAGAAGGAGCGUGCUAUUUUGGAGCUGGAGGCCAUCAGGCGCAAAGAGGCCACUGUCAAAAUGGUGACUGAGAAGCCAGCGCAAGCCUAUCCACUGGAAAAUGGCAGCGCUGAUACUGAUACGGCGGGUACAUCGGCGCCCGCAUUAACGGACGAUGCCGAUGACAGUGAAGGCUUGUACUCGGACACCGAUUCCUCUGGGGAUGACCAGAAGAAUGUAGAGGAUGUGCAGAAGGCGCGCAAGGAGAAGGAAGCCGAGGCAGCUGCGGCGGCAGCACCACCACCACCACCUGCCCCUCACCAUCCCUUUCUUGGACUCAAUCCGCUGCGCUUUCACAUGCGUCCGCCGUGUUUUGACUUUGGACGCAUGGGUUUUGUACCCAGAAUGCCGCGUGGUGGCAUGCGUGGAAUGCGACCAAUGUUCUUUAACCGAUUACCCGCUGCCAAUCGUUGUGCCACGCCCAGGGGCCCAACACCGCCUUCAUCAGUGUCAGCGUCGUCAACGUGCAAUGGACCUCAAGGUCAGACUGCUCCAUCACCAGGUUCAUACGGACCAGCGUUGCCACCCGGUCAGGCCCAAGGUCAAAGCCAGGGCAAUAAACGCACACAGUCCGAUAUAACCUGGACAACAUCGCAGCCGCCAGUGUCGUUCAUCUUUAAUCUAGUUACGGAAUGUGGCAAUGCGCAACACAAAAGCUGCAAGCAAAAAGAAGUACAGGCGGCCAAGCCUAACUCCAAGGAAAAUGCCGGCUGUGUCACGCUAAGGGAACUGUCCAAGGAUGAGAGUAACCGAUGCAAGGACCCGCCCAAGGAGCGUAAAGAGAAGCAGAGGGACCGCUUCAAGGAGAAACUUAGGGAACGUUCAAAGGAGUCUAGAAUCGAUAGCUCAAAGGAGAGACUUAAAGGACGCUCAAGCGAACGUUUUAGGGAAAAAAAGAGCGAACGCAUCAGUGAGAGGCAGAGGAUUAACUCCAAAGAGAGAAGGGAGUGCUCCAAUGAUAAGCAAAGGGAACGCUCUAAAGAUAUCAGGGAAUGCUCCAAUAAUAGGCAAAGCGAGCGCUCUAAAGACAGAAAAGAGUUUCCAAAUGAUAAAAAUAUCGAACGUCCUAAACAGAGAAGAGAGAGCUCCUAUGAUAAGCAAAGAGAACGCUCCAAAGACAAGAGAAUUGGUGACAAGCCAAGAGAACGCUCCAAGGAAAAGUUGGAUCGCUCGAUUGAAAAGCAAAGGGAACGCUCUAAGGAGAAGAAACGAGAUAGUGACCAAUCCAAAGAGAAAUCUACAUCACGUUCAACGGAAAAGCUUAGUUUAGAAUCGAAAAAAGGACGCCGAGAUCGUUCUAAUGAUGGACGUAGCAAAAAGUCAAGACACCGUACGCGUAGUAGAAGCAAUAGUCGCAAGUCAGAGAUUAGAGCAAAGACGCCGCCAAUGCCGCCACUGCCACAGCCCAAUAACGCUGCUCAACGGAACGAACAAGUGCAAGUGCUAACGCCACCACCGGCUCCGGCCGAGACGAUAAAGGCCUUCGAUAUAUUCGCCGAAUCGCCGCCAAGACUGAAGAAAGCUAACAGCCCAGCCAAGAUGCAAUCGCCGCCACAGGAAAAAACUGCCGAUUUAAAAACAGAAAAGGCUGCAGAACGCAGUACAACGCCACCGCUGGAGAAUCUACAUAUGCAGACGAAGCCUGUACCCAUUCUUGAGCCACAAAAAUCAACGGCACCGCAGUUGAAAAUACACAGCGAGAUUCACAUACGUAUUGGUGCGCUGCUCGAGGACAACGAUCUGCAUUUCGAGGCGUUGUUGGCCACCAAGGAGCAGCUAUUGCGUAAGAGCACAGAACACCGCAAUAAAAAGGAAGCACCCAAAGAGGUGCACAUCAAAGUGGAGCCCAUCGAGUCAGAGACCGCUUCAAGCAGUCGGUGGACAGCAAGCGGCACACCGGAACGGCAAACGGCGCCGCCUCGGCAUGCCAAUCCCUUUAAGCGUGAAACAGUAUUAUCUGAAACGUUCAGUCGCCUGUCGCCCCCUAGGCGCGCCACAGAUUCGUCGCAUCGCAGUAUGCAACGAAAUGGGGACAGGCACAGUAACCUACGCAGUGAGCGCGACACGACGACGCUUCGGCCCAGUGAUCAGUUCAAGGAGCGUGUCAUCAAGCAGGAAAAGAAUCGCUCUAAGACGCCACCGUUGCUUACAGUGCAACAAAUCAAAGUGGAACGCAAUGCGACACCGCCACGAGGUGGUGAAAACGAAAGGGAGGUGCCAGUGCGCAAUGGUGUGCUGGCUGCCAAUGCGCCGCCGCCUCAGUUUGCUCCCGAGAUGACUGGCAAGAACGAUGAGCACAGUCCCGAUACUGAUGACUACAUAGACAACUGGGAGAACGACGACUCCAUGGCGGGUGGUGACAGCAGUACGCCAAAAAAUUUACCAUCCACAGUUAUGGGACGCCUCAACGGCGACAAUGAUGAAGACUCAAAUGCCUUAUGGAAUGCCAAUAGCACGCCACCGCCUAAAGCCAAGAUGCCACAGAUGCCACAGCAACUGCCGGAGGUAACUGCAGCAGUUGUGCCCGACAAGGCGCUGAUUAACAUACACGAUUUGUACGACAAGUUCAUGAAGAGUAUUAAGAUGGGCGGCAAUGCGAAUGAAACAACAGCAGCUGCCACGGCGGAGGCAACCACAAAUAGUUCCUUAAGCAAUUCCACUGCCGAAGAAUCUUCCAGCGACACAGAUGCAACAUCGAGCAGCAGCAGCAGCAGCAGCGGCAGCAGUUCCGAUGAUGACGACAAUAAUGAUGACGAUGACGACGACGAUGAAGAUGACGAUGACGAGUCUAGCACAGAUGACGACGACAAUGCUGAGCAGCAAGAGCAGAAGACGCAGCAGCUGAUCGGCCUGGAGGAUGGCGACCAAUCUCAAUCACAGUCAGCUGACGUGGACGAUGCAGCAGCGGCUGGAAAGCUGCUGCUUAGCCAUAAGAAGAACAAUGUCAGCAAGGAUUUGCGCAAACUCAAAAGUCUCGAGGACAAUUUAGCGCGCAUUCAGAUGAUGCGUGAGAAUUAUGAUUCGGGUGACGACAUUUGCGAGGAGUUGCUCAAAAUGGAAUCGCUAUUCCUCAUGCAGCGCAAUGCCAUUAUGAACAAAUAUCGUAAGCCGGAACUCAAGACGGCCAGCGAGGAGGAGCAUCAACUGCAGCAGCAGAGGGAGGCUGAGCAGCAGCAGCAUCUGCCGCCACGGCCAGCAUCUCCAGUUAAUAAUAUCUUUGAUGCAAAUCGUGAAGCGAUCAAACUAACCAUUUCACCCUUAAAACUAACACGCAAGCCAGCUAUUUUUGACAAGGAUGAACCAGAUAUGGCACCACAGUCGUCCUCGUCGCAGCCACUCGAAGGCAAGCUGACCAAACCGCCCAAAGAGAUUGCCAUUGUCAAGCCCACCAUCAUGGACAUGCGUUCCAAGCCCGCACGGCAGCAGCAACAUACACAGACGCAGCUGCAGCCACCGCAACACCACCAGCUAAAGCGAUCACGGACUCGGGAGCGCUCCAGAUCGCGUUCAAUGUCACGCAAUCGUUUUCGACGUAAUGUCCGUCCCAGUCGCAGCAAAGACUCGACACGUUCGCCCAGUCCACGUCGCCGGCGUCCAAUGCCUUCGCCACGUCGCGGACGCUUUGGCAAGCCACGUUUGGGCGUGGGUCGCAGCCGCAGCCGCAGUUUGAGUCGCAGUCGCACGCGCAGUCGCAGUCCGUUGCGCAGGCGGCGCACCAAGCCGCUGCCCGGACGACGUCGCAGCUCAUUGUCACCGCCUUGCAAGAUGCUGGGCCCACGCUCACCACCACCAUCGGCGCGACGUCGCUCCUAUAGCCGCGAGCGCUGCUACUCUCGCUCACCGCUACCUUUUAAGCCGCCAUCGCCACCCAUGCGACGCAGCUGGUCAAGAUCAAGGUCACGCUCGCGCUCACCCUCACGCAGACACAGUCGCACGAGGUCGAGAACCAGAUCAAGAUCCCCACAUAGUCAGAGCUUUGCCGACUACUUUGUGGAGAACCAGAGCCUAGAGGCAGCUGCCUACUAUUACAACAUGUCUCUGAUGCAGCAGGAUGCGAGUGGCGAGCAGUAUGACAGUUACGCGGCCUACGUGGACACCGCCUACAACAUGGAGCAGGCCUAUGCGCAAUACACCGAGUAUUCGGCGACCACAGCAACUGUACCUAUGGACUAUGACUAUGGUGGUGGCAGCCUAGUGGAGCCAUCAGCUAUACCGGUGCUGCGUGAGCUGCCCAUGGCGCCCGUUGUGCCUGUGGCCGUGCAAAAGGGAAAUGUGCUGGAAAUUGUGCCGUCUAUGGAGGCCGUCGUGGAGCUAACGAACGUGCCGGCUGUUGUGCCAGAGGAACCACCCGAGGACAAAAACAAACCCAAGCGCAAGCGCGUCAACUUUGUGGACAAUGUGCUGCCCAACUACGAGAGCGACAGCGAGGAUCGCAAAGUAGUAGAAAUUGCGGUGGAGCGUGCUGUAGGUCAGUAUCGGGAGCGAUGUGCCGCCAAGGCGGCCAAAUUGCAGCGCACAAGGGAACAACUGUUAGCCAUGCCUCCGCCACUGCCGCCGGUUGCUCCUAAGCCGGCGCAACUGGAUAGGCCCGUUCUAGUGCAAAAGAAGCCCCGGUUCCGCUACUAUCACUUUGAUCCCAUUAAGGGAGCCAUUGUAAAGUCGCGCGAACGCAUGCUACGCUCGUCAAUGCCGCAUCCACCGCCACGCUUUGAUCCCAAGUACAUGGCAAUGCUGGUGAAGUCUGGACGCUUGCUGAUGCCGGCGUUUUUGCGGCAUCGACCACCACCGCUACCCGCGCAAGCGGAUGCCAUGCUGCAGGAGUUCUUUAGCAAGCAUCCGCCGCCACCGCUGCAAAACGUGCUACCACAUUAUCUGCGUGGACCACCGCCAAUGGCAACGGUGACGGCGGCACCGCCACCCAUUGUCUCACAGCCGAUACCUGUGCUGGGUGCACAGAGCUAUCAAUGCUAUCCGCCAACCCCAACGCCAGUUGGGGCGCCCGUGCCCUCAGUUGUCACAAUACCAGCGCCUGUUCCAGUGCCAGUGCCUGUGCCCGUGCCCGUACCCGUUCCCGUGCUGACAGCCUCGCCACUAACAUCAACGCCACCGCCAGCAUUGGUGCCUCCGUACUUUACGCCGCCACCCCUGCCCACUUUGUCAUCACAUUUCACGGUGCAGCCCGUGCCAACAAUGCGCGAAAUAAUGCCCGUGGACAUAUUACAGAAAAUUGGGCCGCUGCCCAAGACACUAGAUCUGGAUGUCGGCAACCCCGGCCCGGACGAUACCAGCACCGAUCUCAAGGAAGCCGAGACGACGCCGUCAAUAGAGACAGCACCUGCCGACGAUCGACCGACGCCAGCAACGUUGCUGGAAACCUAAUAAGAGAACAACAUCAAUGCACGCACUCUAAUCCCCUAUCCCCCUGAAGUCAGUCUUAAGAAACCGGUUCGCAAUUAUACUCGCAUGUACUUAGAACCACCAACCAGCUGGACACAUCAUAACAAAUUAGCUCUAAGUAGUUAUCUUGUAGGCCUAUCAACAACCUAGACAUAUUAUUUUUUUUUUUUAACCAUCCAACGAGCUCCCUGCAAUUAUAUCAUAAUAUUUUGUUGUUUUUCCUUCACCUUUUUCUUAAAUUCAUUUUUUUUUUACAUUUAUAUUUUGUAAGCGAAAGGCAUUUAUUGUUAAUGUUUUCUAGAACUAAUUAUUCAUUGUGUAACAUUUAACAUUUAGUUCAUUGAUUUCUACAAGAAAAUAAAAACAAAUCAACAACUGUAAAUAGUGCGAACGACUAGGAGCAUAUCGAGUCGUAUUUAGUCUAAGCGACAUACGUAAUGUAUUUAACGAAACUUUAUACAAAAAUUCUACAAUUAAACGAUGGUACAUUUGACGUAUGUAUGUACAUGUAUGUA